AUGAAACCAGAGGGAAAAGAGAGUGAUAUGAAGCUGGUGAAAGGACAGAUUACAGAUUUGGCUAAAACUGACCCAGAGCAGGACGUUGCAGGGAUCAGUGUUUGUGCGUCAGACUCAUCGCUGCAGAGGCGGCAGGAGGAACAGAAGCGGCAGGAGGAACAGAAGCGGCAGGAGGAACAGAAGCGGCAGGAGGAACAGAGGCGGCAGGUGGAACAGAAGCGGCAGGAGGAACAGAGGCGGCAGGUGGAACAGAAGCGGCAGGAGGAACAGAGGCGGCAGGAGGGAACAGAGGCGGCAGGAGGAACAGAAGCGGCAGGAGGAACAGAAGUGGCAGGAGGAACAGAGGCGGCAGGAGGAACAGAGGCGGCAGGAGGAACAGAAGCGGCAGGAGGAACAGAAGUGGCAGGAGAAACAGAAGCGGCAGGAGGAACAGAAGUGGCAGGAGGAACAGAAGCGGCAGGAGGAACAGAGGAACAGAAGUGGCAGGAGGAACAGAAGCGGCAGGAGGAACAGAAGCGGCAGGAGGAACAGAAGCGGCAGGAGGAACAGAAGCGGCAGGAGGAACAGAGGCGGCAGGAGGAACAGAAGCGGCAGGAGGAACAGAAGCGGCAGGAGGAACAGAAGCGGCAGGAGGAACAGAAGCGGCAGGAGGAACAGAAGCGGCAGAAGGAACAGAAGCGGCAGGAGGAACAGAGGCGGCAGGAGGAACAGAAGCGGCAGGAGGAACAGAGGCGGCAGGAGGAACAGAAGCGGCACGAGGAACAGAAGUGGCAGGAGGAACAGAGGCGGCAGGAGGAACAGAGGCGGCAGGAGGAACAGAAGCGGCAGGAGGAACAGAGGCGGCAGGUGGAACAGAAGCGGCAGGAGGAACAGAGGCGGCAGGUGGAACAGAAGCGGCAGGAGGAACAGAGGCGGCAGGAGGAACAGAGGCGGCAGGAGGAACAGAAGCGGCAGGAGGAACAGAAGUGGCAGGAGGAACAGAGGCGGCAGGAGGAACAGAGGCGGCAGGAGGAACAGAAGCGGCAGGAGGAACAGAAGCGGCAGGAGGAACAGAAGCGGCAGGAGGAACAGAAGCGGCAGGAGGAACAGAAGCGGCAGGAGGAACAGAAGCGGCAGAAGGAACAGAAGCGGCAGGAGGAACAGAAGCGGCAGGAGAAACAGAAGCGGCAGGAGAAACAGAAGCGGCAGGAGGAACAGAGGCGGCAGGAGGAACAGAAGCGGCAGGAGGAACAGAAGCGGCAGGAGGAACAGAAGCGGCAGGAGGAACAGAAGCGGCAGAGGGAACAGAAGCGGCGGGAGGAACAGAAGCGGCAGGAGGAACAGAAGCGGCAGGAGGAACAGAGGCGGCAGGUGGAACAGAAGCGGCAGGAGGAACAGAGGCGGCAGGAGGAACAGAAGCGGCAGGAGGAACAGAAGCGGCAGGAGGAACAGAAGUGGCAGGAGGAACAGAGGCGGCAGGAGGAACAGAGGCGGCAGGAGGAACAGAAGCGGCAGGAGGAACAGAAGCGGCAGGAGGAACAGAGGCGGCAGGAGGAACAGAAGUGGCAGGAGGAACAGAAGCGGCAGGAGGAACAGAAGUGGCAGGAGGAACAGAAGCGGCAGGAGAAACAGAAGCGGCAGGAGGAACAGAGGCGGCAGGAGGAACAGAAGCGGCAGGAGGAACAGAAGCGGCAGGAGGAACAGAAGCGGCAGGAGGAACAGAAGCGGCAGGAGGAACAGAAGCGGCAGGAGGAACAGAAGCGGCAGAAGGAACAGAAGCGGCAGGAGGAACAGAGGCGGCAGGUGGAACAGAAGCGGCAGGAGGAACAGAGGCGGCAGGAGGAACAGAAGCGGCAGGAGGAACAGAAGUGGCAGGAGGAACAGAGGCGGCAGGAGGAACAGAGGAACAGAACCCCCUCUACAGCUCCAAUCUGGCGCCCGCACACGCAGAGCACCCAGGGCCCAGCAGGUAAGCGGGUUGAGGAUGGUGAGAGGUCAGACCCGGCGGAGCAGCGCAGAAGGAUCGGGACUAUAAAGAGACGGAGACACGCGUGGAAAGAGGAAGCAGAGAAAGUCGAGGGCCCGAGAUGGACAUUAGCCGCUGAUUUGUGGCCAGGAGCGGUCAAGGCCGGGGACGAGGUACAGCCGGCACUUGGGGCAUAA